AAAUGGCGCCGAGGCGGGAAGCACGGAAAUGCUGUUUGCUUUUGAGAGCUCCGAUUAAGGGGGUUCUGGUUUUAUAGAAUGGGGAAAAUUUACACUCCGUACGCCAGGCGUGGGCAAACUUGGGCCCGCUAGGUGUUUGGGGCUUCAACUCCCACAGUGCCCAACAGUCUCAGGCCCCUUCCUUUUCCCCCUCAGCCUUGAUAGUCAAGCAGUGCUUCUUGUAAGUCAGAGCACUGUCCAGAGCAGGCAUGGGCAAACUUAAGUCCUCCAGGUGUUUGGACUUCAACUCCCACCGUUCCUAAUAGCCUGUUAAGAAUUGUGAAAAGUUCAAACAUCUGGAGGGCUUAAGUUUGCCCAUGCCUGGUCCAGAGUGGUAAAAGGUAAAGGUUUCCCCUGAUGUUAAGUCCAGUCGUGUCCGAUUACCUUCCCGCCGGAGCGGUACCUACUGAUCUACUCACAUUGGCACAUUUUCGAACUGCUAGGUUGGCAGGCGCUGGAGCUAACAGCGGCCGCUCACGCCACUCCCGGGGUUUGAACCUGGGACCUUUCGGUCUCCAGCUCAGUGCUUUAACGCACUUCGCCACCGGGGUUCCGGUCCAGAGUGACUCCUCAGUAUUUUGUUGUGCUGCAAUGCUCCAGCCCUUAUGGAAACGAAUUCUGUAAGUAGAAGAUAUGAAACAAGGCGAAGCACCAAAGCAGAAAAACCAAUAGCCAGAUCUCGGGUUGACUGGCGGCGGACUAAGAGAAGUUCCAUAUUGCUUUAUAGCAAAGAAGAGGAUGAAAGUGCUGUAUCAUCAGAAAUUGAAACUAGUUCAGAAGAUUAUGUGGAAGGCAUAGAAAAUAAUGGAUCCAUUCUUAACGAAAGUAAAGAUAAAACUGCGGGUGAAAAAGAAAACAAUGGAUCUUUUCAUAGCAAGAGUAAUGAUGAAGCUGUAAAAGAAAAGGAUGAAUCCAUUCUGAACCAGAGUAAAGAUGAAGCUUUGAAUGAAGAAGAGGACAAUGAAUCCACUCCUAACAAGAAUAAAAGUGGUACCAUGGAUGGUGCAGGUAGCCCUCAAGGUGGUGACACAGACAUAGAAGAAGCAGAAGAUACCGUCAACGUAAAGAGUAAAAGAGUUCGGACAUCUAUCAUGUAUGACAGUGACGACAGUGACGACAGUGGUAUUGUUAGGAAGGUUUUUGCUAAACGCAAAUGCAUUCUGGAUGAGGAAGACCUGCCUGUUGACGAGGAGCAACACAUGUUGCCUGCAGAAGAAAUAGCUAACAGAAAACAAAACAGACUAAUGAAACUUCAGGAACUGUGCCAACAACGAUCUACUCGAACUUUUAGCAACAGUGACUGUCAUAAGGGAUUGAUUUUGAAUUGGCUCAUGGGUCGUUGUGACAACUUUAUUGAAGACAGGCUUGUGACUACGGUUGAUGAAGAUGAUACGACAAUGCUCUAUGGGUCUCACCAUUCAUCCCUCUCAGAAGCUGAACUCGGCAACACAUCAGAUGAUGACAGUAUGAAAGAUUUCAUUGUGGAGGAAGAGGAGGGUGACAGGUUAGAACAGGAAAACUCUGGGGAUGAAAGUCAGCCGCGAAGGGGAGAGCAACGCUCCCUGUUGGAAAAGCAUAUUCCAGACUUGAUUCGUGUUGAGCACUUUGUCCAUUUCCAGAGAGUUGUAAAGUCUUUUCUGAUCAAUGCAUUUGAUGCUACCUUUUUGAGUUCAUUAUACAAGCGAGAAAGGGAGAAGAAAUAUGCAAAAGAGAUGCUGAACUCACUUCAUUACUUGGAUGACCAUUUUAUUCAACCUCGCCUUGAAAAUUUACUUUGUAGAAGUCGCUGGAAAGAACGCUACAAGGAACGCGUGGAUAGUUAUCCUAAUGUCUUCAUAAAUAUGGGGAGAGUGGUGAAACGAUCUUGUCAAGCCUGUGAACUGCAGAGGUACUGCAAAUAUACAGUAAUUCUGUCAGGAAAAUUGUACAAUAAUGAAACAUUGGAAUUAGAUGACUUCAUGUCACAGGAUAAACAGACAUUGAAGAUUGGAACAACAUGUGCAGACCGUACCCAUGUUUACCACAAUUUGAAGCAUUUUAAAUACAAGUUAUAUCAGAAUUGCUGUUGGGUUGUAAAAAACGAUGGCAUUCGGGAUGAAUCAGUCAAAGAUUCUGUGGAGAGAAUUUUCAAGCAGCUGGACGAAGAUAACUGGAUUCAUGAGCAACACAGAAAGCUCCUAGACUAUAUGGACAGAGCAGAUUCCUUCCAGGAUGAGAAAAUAGACUGAGACCACCAAGAUUCAUCCUUUGAAGAAGGAAAUGACUGGAAGUGUUUGAAGAUCAUCCUGCCUUCCAGCUUCUUUUCUUUUUAUUCCAGGGCCUUGUAAUAUACUUGCUUGCUAUUACAGAUACUACAUACUGUUUAUUUCUUUUCAUACUUCAUAUUACCAGAGUCAUUAUGUAAAGAAUUAUUACAAUGAAAGUCAUCUUUUCUCUAUUCUUGAAUACCACACAGCUCAACUUAAUAGUCUAAAUAAAAGUAGUAUUUAUAUAUUCAGGAAGAGAAUUUUUCAAUACUGAGACACUUCCGUGUAAUAUGUAAUGCAUACAAAAUGCUUGCCUUUGGUUCUUUUGGGGAAAAUGAAAUAUCUAUACAAUGAGGAGUCCACAGACUAUAGAACAAAUGCUUAUUUUACCAGUACAAUACCUAAAAGCUUCUAUAAAUGUCAAGCCUUUUUUUCCCCAGCAUACACAUCAGUAACAAAUGUUCUGUUUAAAACCCGCAGGCUACCCCUGUUUAUGCAUCCUAGAAGCCUAGAAUUCAUGGACUUACAUUUAGCUGGCACAAUUGACUGAAAUGUGAGAAAUCUCCUAACAUUGCAGCUUGCACUAAAGUAUCCCUUCAGACUGAGUGCAGCACUAAAUUAUGUUAAAACAAAUCAUAUUUCUUGGAUCCUUUCAAUUUGGAUGACUGGAAAGAAAAAAAGCAUUACAGGACUUUGUGAUUUGUACAGAAUCUGCUGAUAGCUUCCAUUUUGGACUAUUUCUCAAGGAUUUUUGUGGUUGCCCACUGUAUCAAUCUGAAACAGGUUUCAGUAACGGAUUUAUUAUUGAGACUGCUGACAAAUGAAACUCGUCAUAAAACACUGCAGUAUGGGGUGCUCACAUUUAGGGUCUAGCUGGCAAGUCCCAUAUCCUCUCCACCAGAUACUCAAUUCUGUUGUAUUUUCCCACUUUGUUUUUCUGAACCCGACAUUUGACAGUUUGAUACUGUUCUAUUUCCACUCAGCCCUCAAUGGGAAUUUUUGGCUACCUGUUAAAUAACUAAAUAAAUAACUAAAU